UUCUCAACACUGUUUCCAUAUCAGGCGGGCGUUCUUCAACACUCUUGUUUUGCAAAAGAUUUCUCGCCACGUAAAAAGUGGAUUCGAUUCUAGUUUUCAAAAUUCCUGACACACAAAUUGCGAUUUCACCAUGGCUCCCCAACAAAAGGGUAAACAGGGCACAAAGGGCGCCAAGCAAAUCGUAGAGGAAAACAAGACGACACUGGCUUUCUACCGGAACAUGGCCAUUGGAUGUGCUGCACCCGCUUUGCUGCUUGGUUUUCUGGUCUUUGAAGUAACAAAAACGUCGGUGUUUAUGCACAUCCUGGCCUUGCUGAUACUUGGCAGCUCCUACCAGUUUAUGGCAUUCAUGUCGAAGGCGAAAUACUCUGAAAGCGGAGCUCUAGUGGACUCUGGCAACGAUUUGAACAUGGAGGGCGGCAUUGCGGAAAACGUCAAGGACCUGAUAAUCCUUACCUCCGGCACUUUGCUGCUUGCGCUUAUCUCCAAUUACUUCUGGCUGGUCCUGCUUCUGGCGCCCAUCCGAGCUGGCUGGAUGCUCUGGGGCUCUGUCAUACAGCCUUGGCUGUCGCAGCGCAACGCUCAGGACGAGAAUCCCGAGGUAGACGAGAAAAAACAAAAAAAAUGGAGCGAAAGAUGCGCCGCAUGAGAUAAGAGCCACCUGCCGAGUCGGGCUAGUGGUAACGGGGUUCCUGGUUUUAAUGAGAUUCUACGCUUAGUUGUGUGUGCGUUUUCAAAUUGUUAAAUAUUCAGCAAAUUAAACUGCUAGAGACAAAAGACAA